AUGAAGGUCGCUGGUUCAAUCGUGUUGCCGGCAGCAGCAGUACUAGCCGCCAAUCCCAUCUUCCCUCGUCAGAACAAUGCGACCAGCCCAGACUACAACUCUGCACCGCCCAAUCUAACAACCUUGGCGAACGCUUCACUGCUUGAAACAUGGAGGCCUCGAGCUCACGUACUGCCGGCAUAUGGUCAGAUUGGUGACCCAUGUAUGCACUACACAGAUCCUUCAACAGGUCUCUUCCACGUCGGUUACCUACAUCUAGGCGCCUCUGGAGCAACGACUUCCGACUUGGUCACAUAUACUGAUCUCAAUGCCAACUCGGAACCUUUCAUCCGAGCAGGCGGGAUCAACGAUCAAGUUGCUGUGUUUGACGGAAGUGUUAUCGAAAAAGGCAUCAACGGGACGCCAACGCUACUAUACACGAGCGUAAAUUACCUCCCGAUUCAAUGGACCAUUCAGUAUACCAAGGGAAGUGAAACACAGUCGCUUGCCGUCGCGACAGAUGGUGGACGCAACUUCACCAAGCUCGAGCAUGGACCGGUCAUCCCAAGUCCGCCUUUCGCAUACAAUGUGACAGGUUUCCGCGAUCCUUUUGUGUUCCAAAACCCCAGCUUUGAUCGGCUGCUAGAGAGCAGUAACGGUACCUGGUACACCAUCAUCUCUGGAGGAAUUCAUGGAGAAGGCCCAAGCCUGUUCCUCUACAGGCAGUAUGAGCAGGACCCGCAGUUUGAGACCUGGGAGUUCCUCGGCCAAUGGUGGAGUGAGGACGCAAACUCGACAUGGACUGAAGCUGGCUGGGCUGGACGAUGGGGCUUCAACUUUGAGGUCGGGAACUUGUUCGCUCUGGAUUCCGAUGGAUACAAUGCAGAAGGCGAGAUUUUUGUCACACUUGGUGCUGAAUGGUCAUACACGCCGAUAGUACCGCAGGUAUCCGACAACAGGGAGAUGCUAUGGGCCUCGGGGACGCAUAAAUUUGUCGACGGCAAGCUGCAGUUUGUGCCAUCCAUGGCAGGAAGACUGGAUGCAGGACGCUCUGCCUACGCAGCCGCUGGGAAGCACCUGCCAGCUUCCUCCCAGGCCAGCCAAAACAGCGGCGCUUCAGAUCGUUUCAUUUCCUACCUGUGGUUGACGGGCGACUUUUAUGGCACGCUGGACUUCCCAACUCCGCAGCAAAACUGGACCGGCUCGCUGUUACUGCCUAGAGAGCUCAGUGUGGGGUCCAUCAACGUUGCCGACAAUGCGCUGGCGUGGGAGAAGGGCUCUUGGAGGGUAGCAUCGCAGCAUGAUAACGGCACACUCACGCUUGCAACCCUCAGGCAGCAGAUCGCGAGAGAGCCUCUCGCGGCUUUCCAGCAAAACGCUACAAACACUACUACGCAGUCUGGAGGCAUUAUUUCGUCAAGCCAAUCUUUUGACCAGAGUCCCAAGUCAAAGCACUACCUGCUCACCGCCUCGAUCUCCUUCUCUUCUCGGACGAACGAGAACCUCAAAGCCGGCUUCUCCAUUCUCUCAGGACCCAACGAGCACACGAACAUUUACUACCAAUUCUCCAACGAGAGUCUUGUCAUCGAUCGCUCGAAUAGCUCGGCUGCAGCUUCUACGACUCCUGGUAUCAACACGGACAACGAAUCCGGAAAACUACGUUUAUUCGACGUUCCAAGCGCGAACGGAACCAGCAUUGAGACUCUGAACCUCACCAUCGUAGUCGACGGUGGCGUUGUUGAAGUCCACGCCAACGAUCGAUUUGCGGCGAGCACAUGGGUGUGGAGUUGGUUCGAGGAUAGCAGAGACGUGGGUUUCUUCGUCGAGGGUGGCGAGGCUGAGUUUGGCGAAGUAAAGAUCUGGGAAGGUCUGGUUGAUGCCUGGCCAGGUAGGAAUGGAACGUCGUAG